AGGACGGAGACUUACUGAGAGGGACAGCAGUGAGUCUCAGGGUCAAAGGUCAAGAGGUGAAGGUGAAGGAAGGGGAGGAGUCUGUCCAGCUGCCCUUCAAGACCACACCUCACCUGUCUGAAGACGUCAGAGUGGAGUGGACGGACAGAGACAGUAGGAAGGUCCAUGUGUAUCAGAACGGUUCUGACAGACCUGAAGAACAGGACCAGGUUUACAGAGACCGAACAGAGAUGAAGGAAGAUCCACUGAGAACUGGAGACCUCAGUCUGACCCUGAAACACCUCACAGUCAUAGACACAGGAGACUACACCUGUAGAGUCUACAAGGACGGAGACUUACUGAGAGGGACAGCAGUGAAUCUCUGGGUCAAAGGUCAAAGGGUGGAGGUGGAGGAGGGGGAGGAGUCUGUCCAGCUGCCCUUCAAGACCACACCUCACCUGUCUGGAUACGUCAGAGUGGAGUGGACGGACAGAGACAGUAGGAAGGUCCAUGUGUAUCAGAACGGUUCUGACAGACCUGAAGAACAGGACCAGGUUUACAGAGACCGAACAGAGAUGAAGGACGAUCCACUGAGAACUGGAGACCUCAGUCUGACCCUGAAACACCUCACAGUCAGAGACAGUGGAUACUACACCUGUAGAGUCUACAAGGACGGACACUUACUGAGAGGGACAGCAGUGACUUUCAAGGUCAAAGAGAGAACUCAGUUCAAAGAUGAAACAGUCGACAUCAGGAACAGAAGCAGCUCCACUGAUUCAACUCCUCUGAUGUCUGAUAAAUCCGUUUGAUUGGUCUGUUGAUCAAUCUGAGUGAUCGAUCUGUUGAUUAAUCAGUUUGAUUGGUCUAUUCGAUCAGUCUGAUUGGUUGGUUGAUCGAUCAGUCUGAUUGGUUGGUUGAUCAAUCAGUCCCCCCCCUCCACUCCUGACAAAAGUCUGAUGUUAUCAGGUGUUAGUGGGUUUUUGACCAGUGGAAAAGGGGCUCUACAUUCUUGGAAAUGGAGGGGAGGGGUAUUCAGUUGGUUGCAAUCUCCAACCUCUCCACUAGAUGCCACUAAAUCCAACAUACUGGUCCUGUAAUGUAAUUUGGAGUAAGGACAUUUAAUGCUUUAAAAAGGAUAAAUAGAAUUUAAAAAUCAAUACAGAACAUUGAUUCUAGCUCAGGAGUAAUUUGUUUAUAAUGAGCUCAUAAUGUGUUCAUAAUAGUUAAAUAAACUGCCUGAUAUUAGUAAAGAUAUCUAACCAACUAACCAAACCCACCCCUCACAUUCUGGAGAGAAAACCACACUGAGCGACAGAGCAAACAGGAAGGAGGUGGGUUUGAUUUGAUUGUUGUUCUCACAUCAGUAAACAACACAAUGAAGAACACGUCUCUUCAGUGGCUGCUCUGUAAGUAAAUUCAUACUGUCCCCUGUGUACAAUGUGCUUCAGUUCUGACAUAUGUUUAUUAAAGUCAUCAUGUUACUGUCUUCAUUUCAGAUCAGAUGUGACCUUAAUGAUUCUCCUGUGGCCUCAGGAGUUCAU